AUGCUUCCAGAAAUCAUCCUUUUCGUCGCCUUCUUGUUCACGGUCUGGAGCUAUGUGACAAAGAAAGCUCAACGGACGCCGCCGCUCCCUCCAGGGCCUAGGAAGUACCCAAUCAUCGGGAAUCUGUUGAAAGUCCCGAGCGACAAUCAUUGGGUUGUAUACGACAGGCUCGCCAAAGAAUGCAACUCUGAUAUCAUCCACCUCAGCGUCUUUGGCAAUUCGGUGAUCGUAUUGAACUCAUUCGCAGCGGCUACCGAGGUUCUAGACCGCCAAUCCUCGAUCUCAUCUAGUCGCCCUUUAGGAACCAUGAUAGGCGAAAUCAUGGGUUGGAAAUAUAUCUUUAGCCUUCAGCCGUACGGCCAACGGUGGCGAGACAGUCGCAGGAUGUUUUGGCAAGAGUUUCAUCCCGAACAUGGUAGGGCUCACCAUCGCCCCAUUCAACUCCGUUGCUCGCGGGACCUCAUUCGACGCCUCUAUGAAUCACCCAUCGACUUCCAAAACCAUGUCCGCCAUGCGAUCGGCGCAGGUAUCAUCUCAGUCCUAUACGGCCUGGAUAUUCAAGAGGAGGACCCCAACAUUACCAUGGUCGACGACGCUCUGAAACACAUCAACGUUGGACUUAUAGGCACCUGCAUGGUCGAUCUUUUCCCCUUUCUCAGACACAUCCCACGAUGGGUGCCAGGCGCAGGCUUUCGGGCCAUUGGGGAGAACGCGGCACGCGACCUAAAUUUGUUAAUCGAUGUCCCAUAUUCACAAACGCGCAAGUUGCUUGCAGAAGGUCGCGGAGAAUCGUCUUUCAUUCAUCGAACUUUGAGCCGUGGACCGAUACCUGAUGGAGGGAUGGAAGAACGUAUUUUGAAGGAGGCGGCGACGACGACAUACAUAGGGGCAAAUGAAACGUCCAAGCUGCCAAUGACGCUACUUUUUGCGAUGAUGGCGCAGAAUCCGGAUGUACAAACGAAAGCUCAGCAAGAGCUCGACCAGUAUCUAGACCAUCGGCGCCUUCCAGAGUUUGGAGACGAGAUUCACCUGCCGUACACUUACGCAGUGUUGCUAGAACUUCUAAGGUUGGAGCCGACCGCACCCCUCGGUCUUCCCCGCAGCCUUGUCUCCGACGGUGAAUAUAAGAGCUAUCACCUUCCUAGCGGAUCAAUUGUAUUCUACAACAUUUGGGCGAUUCUCCAUGAUGAAACGACGUUCCCUGAACCCGAAAAGUUUAGUCCUUCGCGUUUCUUAAAGGAUGGGGUGAUCGACACUCAACUAAAGGACCGUGUUAUGGCUACGUUUGGCUUCGGGAGAAGGGUUUGCCCGGGUCGAUACUUUGCCUUGGAUAAUUUAUGGCUAAAUUUGGCCUCCAUCCUUUCGGUAUACACCAUGAGCAAGGCUGUCGACGAAAGCGGCCAACAAAUUGAAAUCGACCUUGAAUAUACGGCCGAUCUUAACCGGCAUGUACUCCCAUUCAGAUGUUCCAUCACGCCUCGUUCUGAGAAAGCCGAAAAUCUGAUUCACGGUUGUCGCCUUUGA